CGGCGCGCCGACAGCCGCGCGAUGCCGUGAUUGGCUGGUGAGCCGGCCGCACGCGGAGCCCAAGGAGCAGCUCUGUUGCGACAGAGGCCGAGCGGCGAGGCCCAGCUCCCUGUAAGAACAGUUUCGUACCCCUGUGGUUCAUCACCAUGCCCUCUGACCUGGCCAAGAAGAAGGCAGCCAAAAAGAAGGAAGCUGCCAAAGCACGACAGCGGCCCAGAAAGGGACACGAAGAAAACGGAGAUACUGUCACAGAACCACAGAUGGCAGAGGAGAAAAAUGAGGCCAAUGGCCGAGAGACCACAGAAGUGGAUAUGCUGACAAAGGAGCUAGAGGACUUUGAGAUGAAGAAAGCUGCUGCUCGAGCUGUCACUGGUGUCCUUGCCUCUCACCCCAACAGUACCGACGCCCACAUUAUCAACCUCUCCCUCACCUUUCAUGGUCAAGAGCUGCUCAGUGACACCAAACUGGAAUUAAACUCAGGCCGUCGUUAUGGCCUCAUUGGCUUAAAUGGAAUUGGAAAGUCCAUGCUGCUCUCUGCUAUUGGGAAACGGGAAGUGCCCAUCCCUGAGCACAUUGACAUCUACCAUCUGACUCGGGAGAUGCCCCCUAGUGACAAGACACCCUUGCAGUGUGUGAUGGAAGUCGACACAGAGCGGGCCAUGCUGGAGAGGGAGGCUGAGCGGCUGGCUCACGAGGAUGCGGAGUGUGAGAAGCUCAUGGAGCUCUACGAGCGACUGGAAGAGCUGGAUGCCGACAAGGCGGAGAUGAGGGCCUCACGGAUCUUGCAUGGACUGGGUUUCACUCCUGCCAUGCAGCGCAAGAAGCUGAAAGACUUCAGUGGGGGCUGGAGAAUGAGGGUUGCCCUUGCCAGUAAAUUGGGUAAUUAUGAUCAGUAUGUGAAGACACGGCUGGAGUUGGAGGAGAACCAGAUGAAGAGGUUUCACUGGGAGCAAGAUCAGAUUGCACACAUGAAGAACUACAUUGCUAGGUUUGGUCAUGGCAGUGCCAAGCUGGCCCGGCAGGCCCAGAGCAAGGAGAAAACACUACAGAAAAUGAUGGCAUCGGGACUGACGGAGAGGGUCGUGAGCGACAAGACACUGUCAUUUUAUUUCCCACCAUGUGGCAAGAUUCCUCCACCUGUCAUUAUGGUGCAAAAUGUGAGCUUCAAGUAUACAAAAGAUGGGCCUUGCAUCUACAACAAUCUAGAAUUUGGUAUUGAUCUCGAUACGCGAGUGGCUCUGGUGGGGCCCAAUGGAGCAGGGAAGUCAACUCUUCUGAAGCUGCUAACUGGAGAGCUACUACCCACAGACGGGAUGAUCCGAAAACACUCUCAUGUGAAGAUAGGGCGUUACCAUCAGCAUUUACAAGAGCAGCUGGACUUAGACCUCUCACCUUUGGAGUACAUGAUGAAGUGCUACCCAGAGAUCAAGGAGAAGGAAGAAAUGAGGAAGAUCAUUGGUCGAUAUGGUCUCACUGGGAAACAGCAGGUGAGCCCAAUUCGGAACCUGUCUGAUGGGCAGAAGUGCCGAGUGUGUCUGGCCUGGCUGGCCUGGCAGAACCCCCACAUGCUCUUCCUGGAUGAGCCCACUAAUCACCUGGAUAUUGAGACCAUCGACGCCUUGGCCGAUGCCAUCAAUGAGUUUGAGGGUGGUAUGAUGCUGGUCAGCCAUGAUUUCAGACUCAUUCAGCAGGUUGCACAGGAAAUCUGGGUCUGUGAGAAGCAGACAAUCACCAAGUGGCCAGGAGACAUCCUGGCCUACAAGGAGCACCUCAAGUCCAAGCUGGUGGGCGAAGAGCCCCAGCUCACCAGGAGGACCCACAAUGUGUGAGCCCCUGCCCGGACGGGGCCGGGACUCUGGGGCCACACUCCUGCAUUGCUGCAAUACCGCUCCCCAGCCCCUCCCCUGCCCCCACCUGCCUUAGCUGCACUCUGUGAUCUUAUCUACAGCUGGACAGUACCUGUCCGUUUCCUGUCCUUCCAGUUACUUUUGUCCAUGUCUGGACGCGGCUGGCUCUCCUGCCAGCUCCUUGCUGGUUACUGACCUGAUAGUGAUGCAGCCAGAGGCACCUGAGGGUUAGCCCAAGGGCCCACAUCCUGGGUUGGCCUGUGAAAGAGCUUAGGGUCCUCGUUUUCUGGGUUUUGGUGAUGUUGGAGGAAUACCCCCCAGCCCACCGCCCCCAUUCCUUUCUGCUUCUGGUUUGGAGCUCUGGGCCAGGGCUUUAGUCCUGGUCGGUUUUUAAAUAAUUAUUUAACAGUGUAACUUUUAGACCUGCGUGACAUCUGCAAAGUGUCCAAUAAAGAAAGAAGCAGCCAUGGU